AUGAAUCAAAAAACUCUUCUUGUGUUUCUCUUGUUCCUAACUACUACAAUUUCAAUAACUACCGCUGUCAAUUUUGCGGCCUGUAACAACUUAGAUCCAACUCCUGAAUCACUCGUUAUAACAAAAUUAUCUUCCGACCCCGGCGAUCCCACCGUACUUGCUGCAACACUUAUCAAAUAUACUGCGUCUGGACCCUUUGACCAGAAUGAAUCGAUAAUUCUCGUUUCUCAUCUCGACAGCAGUCAUAAUCUAAUAGCAGCUGAUGAAAUUAUAGGAUUAUGUGAAAACGAAACGGAUUGUCCGCCAAGGAAAGAUGAUUUUGAUUUUGAUAUUUUUAAACUGGAUGGUAUGCCACAAUCAUAUAUUAUUGAACUUGCUGUUCAAAAAAUAACAAAUGGAGCGUUGCAAGAAAUUUCUAAAUGUAUCGACGUUCUUGUUGGUUAA